CUCGCAAUGACAACAUACUAAGUAUGACUAGCUGUGCUGAUGAUUCCAGAUAGCCACCAAGCCCGCAAGUCCUUGACCCUGAUUGGCUUUGGUAAUGCUCGUCCAAAGAAGGUGUCAAAUUCAAAUGGGGAUUGACGCGCCUCCCCGAACUUGACGAAGAAAUGAUAGUCACAGUAAUCUACAGGUUGGAAUCGGGAAUCCUUGCAGAGAACUUCCAGAGAGCCGGCUUUUUCUACGUCAUCAAGCUCAUAACAAGGCACUCGAAGUCUAUAAAAUCGGAUGAUAGCCUCUCUCAAGAUUUCCGUUGAUUAGCUACAUAUCACCCGAAUCACAAUACCUACAAUAUUAUUUGCUAUCCACGCUUUACUUGUCAUUCGAUCCAUAGCAUCUACAUACUUGCAGCAAUCAUCAUGUCCAACAUUAUGAACCCUAUUGAUGACCCAUCAUACAACGUUGACGCGACUGAGCAAGCCUUCGGAACCAACAGCAUGGAGUCAAACCAUAGUGCCGGGUCCUUGGGACACGCCAAUGCCAGCCGCAAUCCUUACAGUAGCAGCGCUCAGCCCAUGGCCUUCGACAAGCCACAGAGGAGUAGUAUCGACGGUGUUCACCCCAUGGCGGAUACGCAGAGCUCAUACAACGCUUUCGGUGCCUCGACUGCUCGACCUUUGAGCCAAGAAAUGUCUGAUUCAAACACUGCAUCGCCCAAUGUAACCUUGGGGACAGAGAAUGGUCAAGGUUUUCAGGAAAACAUCCCACAUCACUCGGCACCACACGGCACUUUCAGUCCAUCGAUGAAUCUCGAUAAUGGAGCCACUCAAUCCACCCCUACGGAUAGAAUGCCCUCCUCGACAAGCCCUCUGGGGUCCCUGGCAGAGGGUACCGAUAUUGCACGUGCGAAGGCCAACCGUGGCAGUGUUCAUGCGGCGCAAUACAAUACUGAUCCGUCCGCAGAGAUCAGCGGUGGAGGUCGGCAUACCUCAGGCCAACUAUCGCCUUCGAAUGAGCAUCAUCUAGAGCACAUGUCGAGGAACACUGAUAGCUCACGGGCGGAGAUCAAUCGUAGCGGUAUCCAGGCGGGACAGGUGGGAUACCAUAAGGCCGUGCCAGAUGAUGGUACCGCCGGCCUCAAGUCGGGAAACACUGCCUCACGCGUAUCCCAUAGUGGCACCGAGUCGCAGAAGCACGAUGCCACUGGCAAUGCAGCAAACGCAUCAGCAGGGAACAAGAAAGAGCGCAUGGAAGGAACGCUGGACAGUGACCUCAACGGAGAGAAAGUGAACGGUAUCGCUGGCGUGAUUCCCAUCUCUGGCAAUGCUGGCCCAACUACCACGAAGACAUUCGACCCACAUGCCACAGUGGGUGGCGGUAGCCGCUACAACAUCGACACUCGGCCCUCCACUGCUGCAGAGCCAGGGAUUGGCGAAAUUGAACCCAGUCGAGACAAUCGCGCCCAUUCUUCCGACAUUGCUGGUAGCAGCUACAACACUCGGGGCCGUGGUUCCGCGCAGAGUACGACAGAACCCGUCGACAGCCAGACCCCGGGGAAGAAUAGCGCCGGUAUGACGUCGGGUUUGGAGGGUUCUGCACCUUUGGGGUCUCAGCGAGCUGCAUAAAUGGUCAGUCAUCAGCGUCACGAGUAAGGGAGGAUUUUGAGUAUCCAAUACAAAUCACGAAUGUAGAUAUCUACAAAUGAUUAAUAAGACCUAAGUACAUACUCCUGCAU